UUCUUUCUUUCUUUCUUUUUUCAUUUUUUCUUUUCUUUCUGUCUGUCCACUUUUCAUUCUUUCUUUCUUUCUGUCUCCACUUUUUCAUUCUUUCCUUCUUUCUUUCUGUCUCCACUUUUCAUUCUUUCUUUCUUUCUUUCUUUCUUUUUCUGUCUCCACUUUUCAUUCUUUUUCUUUCUUUCUUUUUGUCUCACUUUUUCUUUCUUUUUUUCUUUUGUCUCCAUUUUUUUUCUUUCUUUCUUUCUUUCUGUCUCCACUUUUCAUUCUUUCUUUCUUUCUGUCUCCACUUUUCAUUUCUUUCUUUCUUUUGUCUCCUUUUUCAUUCUUUUCUUUCUUUUUCUUUCUGUCUCCACUUUUCUUUCUUUCUUUUCUUUCUUUCUUUCUUUUUCCAUUCUUUCUUUCAUUCUUUCUUUCUUUCUUUUUUCUUUCUUUUUCUUUCUGUCUCCACUUUUCAUUCUUUCUUUCUUUCUUUUCUUUCUUUCUGUCUCCACUUUUCAUUCUUUCUUUCUUUCUUUCUUUCUUUUCCUUUUAUUUUUUCUUUCUUUUUCUGUCUUUCUUUUCAUUUUCUUUUCUUUCUUUCUCUUUCUCCACUUUUCAUUCUUUCUUUCUUUCUUCUCCACUUUUCAUUCUUUCUUUCUUUCUUUCUUUUGUCUCUUUCAUUCUUUUUUCUUUCUUUUUUCUUUCUUUUUUCUUUUUUCUUUUUUCUUUUCAUUCUUUCUUUUCUUUCUUCUCCACUUUCUCUUUCUUUUCUUUCUGUCUUCUUUUCUUUCUUUCUUUCUUUCUGUCUCCACUUUUCAUUCUUUCUUUCUUUCUGUCUCCCUUUUCAUUCUUUCUUUCUUUCUUUCUUUCUUUCUUUCCUCCCUUUUCAUUCUUUUCUUCUUUUUUUCUUUCCCACUUUUCAUUCUUUUCUUUCUUUCUUUCUUUCUUCUCUUUUUCUUUCUUUCUUUCUUUCAUCUUCUUUUCAUUCUUUCUUUCUUUCUGUCUCCACUUUCAUUCUUUCUUUCUUUUCUGUCUCCACUUUUUUUCUUUCUUUUUUCUUUCUUUCUGUCUCUUUCUUUUUUCUGUCUUUCUUUCUUUCUUUCUGUCUCUUUUCAUUCUUUCUUUCUUUCUUUCUUUCUGUCUCCACUUUUCAUUCUUUCUUUUCUUUCUUUCUCUUUUUUUCAUUCUUUCUUUUUUCUUUCUGUCUCCACUUUUCAUUCUUUCUUUCUUUCUUUCUUUUUCUGUCUCCACUUUUCAUUCUUUCUUUCUUUCUGUCUCCACUUUCAUUCUUUCUUUCUUUCUGUCUCCACUUUUCAUUUCUUUCUUUUCUUUCUGUCUCCACUUUCUUUUUCUUUCUUUCUUUCUUUCUGUCUCCCUUUUCAUUCUUUCUUUCUUUUUUCUGUCUCCACUUUUUUCAUUCUUUUUUCUUUCUUUCUUUCUGUCUCCACUUUUCAUUCUUUCUUUCUUUCUUUCUUGGUCUCCACUUUUCAUUCUUCUUUCUUUCUUUCUUUCUUUCUGUCUCCACUUUUCAUUCUUUCUUUCUUUCUUUCUUUUCCACAUUUUUUUCUUUCUUUCUUUCUUUCUGUCUCCACUUUUCAUUCUUUCUUUCUUUUCUUUCUGUCUCCACUUUUCAUUCUUUCCUUUUUUUCUUUCUUUCUUUUCUGUUCCACUUCAUUUCUUUCUUUCUUUCUUUCUGUCUUUCUUUUUUCAUUUCUUUCUUUUCUUUCUUUCUUUUCUGUCUCCACUUUUCAAUUUUCUUUCUUUCUUUUCUUUCUGUCUGUUUUCAUUCUUUCUUUUCUUUCUUUCUUUCUUUCUCCACUUUUCAUUUUCUUUCCUUUCUUUCUUUCUGUCAUUCUUUCUUUCUUUCUUUUCUUUCUUUCUUUCUUUCUGUCUCCACUUUUCAUUCUUUCUUUCUUUUUCUUUCUGUCUCACUUUUCAUUCUUUUUCUUUCUUUUCCUUUCCACUUUUCUUUCUGUUCUUUCAUUCUUUCUUUCUUUUCUCCACUUUUUCAUUCUUUCUUUCUUUCUUUCUUUAUUUCUCCACUUUUCAUUCUUUCUUUCUUUCUUUCUGUUUACUUCUCCAUUCUUUCUUUCUUUCUUUCUUUCUUUCUUUCUUUUCAUUCUUUCAUUCUUUCUUUCUUUCUGUCCAGUUUUCAUUCUUUUUUUCUUUUUUCUUUAAAUCUUUAAUUUUUUCAUUCUUUCUUUUUCUUUCUGUCUCAAAAACUUUUCAUUCUUCUUUCUUUCUGUCUCCCUUUUCAUUCUUUCCUUCUUUUCUUUCUUUCUGUCCACUUUUCAUUCUUUUCUUUCUUUCUGUCUCCUUUUCUUUUUUUCUUUCUUUCUUUGUUAUCUUUCAUUCUUUUCUUUCUUUCUGUCUCCUUUUUUCAUUCUUUUCUUUUCUUUCUUUCUGUCUCCACUUUUUUGAUUCUUUCUUUCUUUCAAAUGAAUCUGUUUUUUUUUUUCUUUCUUUCUGUCUCCAUAGAUCUGUUCCACUUUUCUUCCAAUGGAAUCUGUCUCUUUCUGUUGAUGAAUCUCUUUUUUCAUUCUUUUUCAUUCUUUCUUUCUUUCUGUCUCCACUUUUGUUUCUUUCUUUCUUUCUUCUUUUGACAAUUCUGUCUCCACUUUCUUCAUGA